AUAUUUUUCUUUUUCACAAAUACAAUAAUAUUAUUUGCACAAUUAAACUUUGCAUAUUCAUACUUUAUAUGCAAAAUGUAAAUUAAUAUUAAUUGUUCAAUAUAUAUUACAUUGUAAUAUUAAAUAAGUAUCUCAUCGAUUAAAUCAUUAAAAUUUUCAAUUUCAAUUUGUAAUUUAUUUUUGCGUUAUAAUCAGAAUGUUUAAAUUGUAACACGAUUGCCCUAAUAUCAGUCAUAUUUUAGAACAAACUAGUCUGUCUAAGCAAAGCCAAUAAGAAUAACACAACAUUGGGCAAUGACACGUGUGUAUUUGUAUUUAGAGAAAGGAUGUUUGUAUCUCAUUUUAGACAGUCAUACCGCAGAGAUCAUCUGACGAGUUCGAAUUCUUUGCACGUAUAGUGAUCUAACUAGUGUUUUAGCGUUAGACGUGACGAAACGAUUCAUGCUGAAGUUUACAUUUUAGAAUUUCUCUAUUUGCAAUUAAUACUAUAUACAUUCAACAAACUCGCUGAGUGAUUUGACAAAGAUUAUUUAACUGGAUAGUUAUGGAGGAAGGUUUUUCACAACUAUAUCGAGCAAAAUUCGAUGGAAAACCUGUAUUGCAUAGCUAUAUGGAAAUAUGCCAUAAUACAUUGUGUUCACAAUACUCACAUAAUAAACCUGAGGACUUUACCAGCGAUUUUUACGAGACGUUACAAUUAUCAUACGACGCAGCUUCUUCACAUAAAAAUAAGACGUUUACUGAAGGAUCACGUAAAACGUUGAAAGUCAUAGACGACAGGUUGAGUGUUUUGGAUAAGCAAGUAUCCGAAACAAAGUUCAACGAUAUUAUCGCUCUUGCAACGUCUUACUGCAACAUGGGUAUACUGUACAAUUCUUACGCGAAAGAGAAGAGAUUACGCAGUGGUAGAAGUCACUUGAAGCGAUGUUUAGAAUUGUUAAAUGGAAAAGAACUGAAUCGCAGAACUAUUUUGAUAGUUAUGAGAGCAACUAUGCAAUUGGAAUACAUUUUUCACAAACUGAAGGAACCAAAGCAAUGUUGUCCAUAUUCACAUAAAGCGAUUGGUUUCUACCUUCAAUACACAUCGCAGUUGCGUUCUUUUCCUAUGCCUUUCGUCACACUUUCAGUUAGUCUCGACGUUGAAAAGCCUGGAAGCACAGAUAUAAAUUCCAUGAUGACGUUGUUUUCAAACCUUUUAGAGCACGUAAAGACUUGUGCGUUGGAUGAGUGGGAUCCACUUGAUAUUAUACCUAUACAUAACUUAUUAAUGGUUCGCGCGACAGUGAUGUCAGAUAUAGUAACUGAUGGUCUUAUGUGGAUUAUUACAGCAACUCCUUUUUAUGUAUACUUGCUACAUAAAUACCGCUUCAGUGAUACUAGGAAUUAUCUUGCUGUUACACAAUACAUAUUGGAUACAUCUGAGGGAGAAUUCAACGCUACGAAGAAACCCAACCGUUUGCUACACAAUAAGGAUAUAAGUACGCUGUAUUCUGAUACAAGAAUGCAUCUCGAGCUCGGAUGGGCUAAGUAUGGCAAUAUGCUUUUGCUUUACUCGCAAUAUAAAUUGUUCCAACAGUUUCGAACUAAGAAAGCAGAUACGUCAAGAUCAACGUCUUCUAUCGAGCCCAAGGAAUCUGCGGAGCCAUUAACAUUUAAUUGGGAAAACUUGGACCAACGCCUAAAGGAUAUCGCCUGUCAAGUCACUGAUAAAUAUGUGUCAAAUCUCAGAGAUGCUAAAGCAAUUUUCGUGCAUACUACAAAAUGGCUUGAAAAAAGUAAGGCAUAUUUUUUGAAGACAGAAAACACUUUGUUCUUGUCUUUGUAUUUAACUACAAGAUACAAUAUCACAUUAACAUAUAAGCAUUUAGAAUGCUUUGAGCCAGACCGAAGUAUGCGUAUAAACAUGCACAAACGGCGAGUGCAGAUGUUAAAGGAUGUUCUUAUACUCGCUAAGGGAUUGAAAGGACAGUUUCUAUUAUACAUAUGUAUCGAUAUUGUCACUUCUUAUGGCGCUAUUAUAGACAUGCUGAUGGAGAAUGCAGAAAUAGCUGGACAACCAUUUACUGAAAUAGAAACGGCAGUGCUUGAAUAUGUAAAAAAUUGCGUAGAAUCUUGGGAAAACUAUUACAAUGCGGACGCUGAACUGCCUAAAUUAAAGAAAAAGUAAGGUUACUUGGGACAGGAUUCUUUUUCAAAAUCAUGACUAAUCUACUGAGUAUUGAUUAUAGACAUCAAACAAUUUACAAAUCUCAAAUUUAGUUUGUUGUUACUUUGAUAUAAAAACGUGUGGAUAAGUUCUUUUUCUUUUGUAUUAUAUACAUAUAUACAUACAUACAUACAUAUA